UCCAAUAUAUUACUGACACAAAGCAUAUUUCGAAUUAUUUACAUUUUUUCCUUAAAAUUUUAACAAUAAUUUUUAUUGUCGUGACAAAUGAACUAUAUGUAUUUUUUAUAAAUAUCUGAAAAGCUAUUAUUAUAUAAAGCUAAACCACUGCAAUUUCACUGUGUAAAUAUGAGCAUUCAUAGACAAAAAUUUGUGAAGUUGAAACAGUUUUGUUAAACUUCCUAGUUCUUAUCUAUAUAAGUGAUAAUGGUGGAGCCAGAGAAGCCGUUCGCCUGUACCAUAGCUGAUUGUGGAAUGACAUUCACAAACGAGGAUCAUUUGCAUGUACAUACUAAGAAACAUGACAUGGUAUUGCAAUUGGGUCUGGAACAGAAGGCUGCGUUUGUUGCAGACCAGACCCCCACUCCGACACGAUUUAUCAGAAACUGUGAGGAAGUCGGCCUUUUUCUGGACUUGCAGAGUGAAGAGAACCCUUUCGAUGAAGGAUUCAAGAGGGCCAUGGAGUCAGCCAAGCACGGGCUGCUAUCCAUGGAGCCUGCAGCCGCAGUCUCGUCGACCGACGACCUCCACACGCCGCAGAUGGUAUUCCCCAUGAUCGAUCAUGCUGACUCGGCACUCUACAGCGCCACCAACAAUCAGAGGAACAUCACAAUUAGCAGAUCGUCGAGCGACGAGUCGGGCGUCAUAAAGGAAUAUGAGACCACAACCAUAUCGAAACUGACCAACGAAGUGACCACCAUCAGCCGGAGAGUGGAGAAACACGACGUGGUUGACAAAGCACACGACGACACCAGGCACACAGAAGCUAUAAGGAACAAGGAUAUACUAAACGAGACUGUAUCAUACACGAAUAACAUAAUAAAAAUAAGAAAAGACUUAGAAACUAGCAAGAAUUGUCACAAUCCUGUUAUAAUAACAACGGAUUCCGUUAUGAGAGACGUUAACAACGUCAGCAAAGAUGUGUCGUCUAGUGAACAGGGCAAACACAUGGGGAUACCGCCGAUGAUGAGUCAGAAGUCGUACGAUUUCGUUGUGGACAGUCUAACAUCGGAUAUAUGUAGGAACGAACAGGUUGUAGACAGUAAGAAGAAGCCGCAGCCAACCAAGUCGACAACGGACAGUAUAGAAGAGUAUACAGUAACGAUAACACUGCCAGGCGGUAAGCAGAUACGGAUGAAGUCGGUGGACAGUGACAGUCCAGAGAAGAGCGUGCCGCAAUGCAACACGAAGGAAAAACUAAAAAAGGCCCUGACGAAUAAACUGACGAACAUUCCUGUAAUACAAAAUGUACCGGUCACAACCAACUUGCCUAUCGCGGCCGGUACUUUAAUACCAGUGACCAUAUUGCAUUCGAAUCAUGUGAACAAGAUACCAAUUACACCGUUAAAUGUGAUUAACAAUAGAGAAAUUAUGAAGCCAAUAAAGAGAAGACGUAUAGAGGACGGUGAUAAGAAGCAGCCGGGGCAAGGUGAUGACGAUGAUUGCGUGGUGGUGGACAGUGGUGCGCAGGGUGCGAGGAGGAAAUUGUCCGAUAAGGAUUUGGACUCGAGAGUAGCAGCGUCCAGGCGGUAUAGGCAGCGGUUAAAAAAGUCGAUGGCAAUACAAGAGUUGGAGAUAAAACAGUUGAACGAGAGAAACCAGAGACUAACGGCCGAGAAUGCCAAGUUGAAGCUUCUCAUCACCGAACACAUGAAGAAUUGCCCCAACGCUGAUGAUCUCAGAAUAAUUCAAGAAAAGAUGACUUUCAAUACAAGUACAAAUAUAUAAUAUAUAUAUAUAUAUAUAUA